AUGCGGCCUUGCGCACUCAACAGAAACAGCACACCAAGAAGACACGGCUCUCAAGUUUGGUCGCGGCGGGCCCUGGGCCAGGUGACGUCAGCGCGCCAGGGCCGCGGCGGGGCAAGACGGGCCCCGCGCCAGUGUCGCGCGCGCCGUCCGCCUGGCCGCACGCCGACGCUGCUAAGCCUGCGAUCAACCGCCAUCGCCAGCCGCCUCCGCGCCAAACACGCGCCACAUAGCUCCCGCCGCACCCGACCCGCGCCCACCAACGCUCCUUUACGAGCCCCAUACGCCACCCACCCCCCAACCCUUUCAAUGGUACGCAAAUACGAAAGAAUGAGUGGUCGUCAGUCCUGGAGCGAAGAGGACAUGGCGAAAGCCGUUGCCGCCGUGGUGUCAGGUAAGAUGGGCUACAAGCUCGCGGCGAGGACCUUUCAUAUACCUCGCUCGACGCUGCAACGACGCGCCAGUAAAAUCCGAUACCAACUACCCGACGAUCCCAAGCCUUUAAUGGGUCAUUACAGACGAGUGUUCACUGACAAUCAAGAAAAGGAUCUUGUUGGCUAUAUUAAGAGCAUGGAAAAGUACUUUAUGGGCGUCUCGAGACGCGAUAUACGAGAGCUGGCCUUUCAAUAUGCCGAAGACAACAAUCUAAAUCACCCUUUCGACGUCAACAGUAGAAUGGCUGGCGAAGACUGGGUGAGAAACUUCCUAAAAAGAAACCCAGAGUUACUAAAUAAGUCGGAAAAGGAAUAUGAAUUGGAGCCGGUGAACUUCGACCAGUUCUAUCAUUUCAUGUGUCAAUUUUCAUGA